GAGAAGUUUUGUAGGGUUGUAUAGUGUUCCAAUUUUCAUAUUGUCACUUCUCUCCUCUAAUCAUACCUACACUAGUCCUUUCUUUCCCCCCCCUUUCCUCUCUACCACAUAUAACUAUCCUUCUUACACUCUCCACUCGAGAUCGAUCACGAGUAGAUCGAGGGUGAAAUUUUGUAACCAACAACAGUGUGUGUAAGAGGGCUCGAAAAGGGGGUGAACUAAAGAACGUACACGAUUCAGAGUGUAAUUAAAAGUGUGAGAUUUUUAUUUUAUUUUUUAUAACUUUCUUUCUUCUCAAGACAGGGAUAAAAAAGAUUGGACAUUAUUAUUAUCACCACAACGAAUUAACCAUUACAUUAGAAUUUGAAAAAAGUCUUUAUUUUAUUUAAGAGAAAGAAUUAGCUUAUUGUUAUAUAAAAUACUAAAGCAAGGUCGCUUUCUAUUACUACUAGUCAUUAAGUUCAAAUUCUCCAAAUUGGUGCUAGCUUAUAGUACUUGUUCCCUUUUGAGGAAACUCUAAUUUAAUUAAGCACCCUGGAAACCAUCACUCCAAACCAUUGUCUACCUAUGGAACACCAUAAACACAACACCUCUCAAGCUCCUCUUCUUCCUGACCACAACUCCCCCCAAACUCGCCUCCGAAUCUCCGAGGUGGUAAACGAGGUGAGACAACUCUACAGCAUAGCAUUCCCAUUGAUCCUAAGCAGCCUACUAACCUACGGCAAAUCAGCUAUUUCAAUGGCAUUCAUGGGUCACCUAGGGAAGGAGGCUUUAGCGGGCGGGUCACUCGCAAUCGGGUUUGCAAACAUAACGGGCUACUCCCUCUUAGCCGGGCUAGCCAUGGGUAUGGACGCUAUCUCCUCUCAAGCCCAUGGGGCUAAACAAUGGGCUCUAAUGGGCCACACACUUCAACGCACCAUUAUAAUCUUAUCCCUUUGUUGUAUCCCAAUCUCGUUCCUUUGGCUAAACCUUAAUCCAAUCCUCGUCUUCCUCGGUCAAGACCCUGCAAUUUGCUCUGUAGCAUCAACUUACCUUACUUACUGCCUACCUGACCUUUUCUUCAUGGCGUUAAUCAACCCACUUAAAAUAUACCUUCGCUCACAAAACGUGACCCGACCCCUUGUGGUUAGUGCAGGGGUAGCUUUGUCAUUUCACUUCCCUGUCAACUACAUCAUGGUCACCUACCUAGGACUCGGUAUUCGAGGCAUUGCCAUUGCUACAGCAAUCAUGGACCUCAAUAUACUCCUUGUAAUGGUGGUUUAUAUAAUGAUCAAAGGGAUUCAUAAAAAGACAUGGCAAAGUUGGUCGUUUGAAUGCUUCCAUGGUUGGUCCACUAUCCUUUCUUUAGCUAUACCAAAUUGUAUCUCUGUAUGUUUGGAGUGGUGGUGGUAUGAGCUUAUGAUUGUCAUGUCUGGAUUACUCCCUAAUGCCGCGGAUGCUGUUGCCAGUAUGGGGUUGCUAAUACAAGCCACAUCGCUUAUCUACAUUUUCCCGUCAUCGCUUAGCCUCGCAGUGUCGACCAGAGUAGGAAAUGAGCUUGGAGCAGGACAGCCUAACAAGGCGAGGACUUCGUCUAGUAUAUCAUUGUGUUGUGCUAUUUUUACGAGUGUCCUUGCCUUGGCGUUUUCCGUGACGACGAGGAAUAUUUGGGGUCGGGCUUUUACGUCCGAUGAGGCGGUGAUUGCGCUUACGGCCGCCGCGAUGCCGAUUUUGGGGCUGUGUGAGCUUGGGAACUGUCCACAAACCACCAUGUGUGGUGUGCUCCGGGGUAGUGCUAGGCCUAAGCUUGGAGCUAAUAUUAAUUUGGGGUCGUUUUAUGGUGUUGGGCUUCCUAUUGCUAUUGGGUUGAGUUUUUUCAUGAAGAUGGGCCUUUUGGGCCUGUGGAUUGGCCUGCUUGGAGCCCAGGUAGCGUGCUCACUUUUUAUGGCAAUCAUGUUGGUAAGGACUGAUUGGGCCUCUGAAGCCCAACGGGCCAAAGAACUCACUGGUGGUGCCAGUUUUAUUAAAGAAAAUGAUGGUGAUGAUGAUGCUAAGAAAACGGUGAUGGAAAAUGAUGAUCUUGAAGCACAAUCCUUAAACAAAGAGAGUGAUGAAGAUGUUCAAACGCCAUUGAUGAUAAAAAUAGAAACCGUCCAAUAAAAUUUUGAUUUUUCCUUUUUUUUUUUUUUUUUUUCUUUUUCGGGUACAUAUUUUAGUUGUAGUUACCAGAGAAAAAAGUUGAUGUGAGCUGGAUAAUUUUGGACUUCCGUAUAGUUUCGGAAAUUUUGGUCUCUUUAUUUUUAGGAGGGGGUACUAAAAAGAUGUAUGUAUAGUCAUUAUUAAUGGAGAUACCCUUUUCUUA